AUGGACGCCGAAACCAGCAGCGACUCGGUGCAAAUCACCGCGCAGUGCCUCUGCCGCGCCCACACCUUCUCCGCCGCCGUCCCGCGCGCCAGCCUCCCCCUCUCGGCGUCGUGCUGCCACUGCGACUCGUGCCGCCACGUCACGGGCGCCCUGUACUCGUCCGAUGCUCCGUGGCCGAGCACCGACACCGCCGCCCUGCGCGCCCUGCAGCGAUACGACUUGUUCCCGCGCAGCGGCGUCGCGGUGCUGUUCUGCGUGACGUGCGGUAGUCCCAUGUUCUUUGAGGAGACGCGCGCCGCCGCAAAGGUGGACAAGGCAGGCGGAGACGCAGGGCCGACGUACGGCGUGUUCACCGGCGUGCUUGAGGGACGUGGUGGGGAGGAGGAGGAGAAGGAGCAGAGGGCUGCCGGGGACUUCCCGCUCCUGGUGCGGUUCAAAGAUCACAUCUUCGUCGGCGACACGCGCGACGGCGGCGCCGCGUGCUGGCUGCGCCGCAUGAACGGGAUUGCAGUCGCUGCCCAGGGCAACAUAACGCAGCGCUGGCUUGGCCGCCGCGGCGAGAAGAGCGGCGAGGUCGCGGGCAUGGAUUACUGGCCGCCCCUGAAAGAAUUGCCGGUGCCGGCCAGCGAUGAGGACGGGGUGCCAGAAGACGACGGCGACGUGCCGAUCCGGUGCCACUGCGGUGGCUUAAAUCUUGUGUGGCGUGCGGGAAGGGCGAGGCGCGAAGUGGAAAGGUCGGGAGCCAGGCCCGCCCAGCUGCCGUGGUUCGUCGAUCCCGCCACGUACAAGAGCCUGGGCAGCCUCGACGGUUGCAACUCGUGCCGGCGGGCAUCGGGCGCUGAUGUUUUCAACUGGACGUUUGCACUGGUCGAGCAUAUCGACUUUGCUUCCGGCGGUAGCAGCCGGUUUCCGGAAGACAGCAUCGCCUUGAAGGCGGCGGCCGGCGCUGCGGCAGGGGCGAGUUUGGGGGAUGCCGGGCUGGGAACCCUGGCUUUCUAUGCUAGCUCACCAGAUGUGCAACGGUAUUUCUGCAGCCGGUGCUCGGCCACUGUCUUCUACGCUGUCGAUGAGCGGCCCGAAAUGCUGGACGUGGCAGUGGGUAUUUUGCGCGCCCCAGACGGCGCACGCGCAGAGAACGCUGUGUCCUGGGCGCUUGGUGGUGAUAUUGGCUGGAGGAAUGACAUGCUAGAUGGGAACUGGAGAGAAGAGCUCGUCAAGGCUGUCGAGGAUGACGCCGAGGAAUGGCGUGUUGCGCGGGGCUACCCCAAGAACUGGCGUAGGGCAGAAAAGGAAGCAGCUGAGAAUUAUUCUAGAGACUAG